AUCAACAAAACAUAGCAAUUUAUAACUUUCUUCCAUGCAAGUUUGCAACGUUAACAUCUCUCUCUCUCUCGCCCUCCAACUCUGGCUUCUUCAAAAUUCCACAGAAUGCAGAGCACUGUCUUAGCUCUGUCUCUCUCGACCCCAUUGCUAAAACUCACACAGAUUUCACACUCAAAGUCUCCGAAACUACCCGGCUUCAACUUCGUCCAUGGACUUCCAAGGCAAAGUCCUCUGCUUGCACUUUCUUCGUCACGCUUUAGCGCGCGAUUAUGUGGCUCCUUGUUCCUUUCGAACCGAAGAGACAACAGGCUUAAGGUCAGGGCUGCUUCGGUGCCCGAGAAUACGGAAGAUACCGUGAAACCGAGCGGUGUGAUUAAGACUUUGCAGCUCAGCGCUAUGUUUGGGGCUUGGUAUAUUUUGAAUAUCUACUUCAACAUCUACAACAAACAGGUUCUAAAAGUCUACCCAUUUCCUGCGACGGUUACCGCAUUUCAAGUUGGGUUUGGGACUUUGUUGAUUACUUUGAUGUGGGCAUCCAAUAUUGUUACCAGGCCAAAGAUCACGCCUUCCCAGUUUGCAGUGAUUUUUCCAUUGGCUGUGGUGCACACGAUGGGGAACCUCUUGACCAACAUUAGUCUUGGGAAAGUUGCUGUUUCAUUCACCCACACAAUCAAAGCUAUGGAGCCCUUUUUCACGGUUGUACUCUCAGCCUUGUUUCUUAGUGAGAGGCCCACUAUCUGGGUAGUUUCUUCCCUCAUGCCAAUUGUAGGUGGAGUGGUUCUGGCAUCUUUCACCGAGACCUCUUUCAAUUGGACUGGUUUUUAUAGUGCAAUGGCCUCCAAUCUUACAAACCAAUCUCGUAAUGUAUUCAGCAAAAAGUUUAUGGUUAAGGAAGAGGAAACUUUGGACAAUAUCAAUCUUUUUUCAGUAAUAACUAUUAUUUCUUUUAUCCUGUUGGUUCCUAUGGCUAUUUUCUUGGAAGGCAUUAAGUUCACUCCUUCAUACCUGCAAUCCGCUGCAAAUCAAGGUUUAAAUGUUAAAGAACUAUGUGUGAGAUCAGUUCUGGCUGGGUUCUGCUUCCAUUGUUACCAGCAGGUCUCCUAUAUGAUAUUACAGAUGGUAUCGCCUGUUACCCACGCAGUUGGAAACUGCGUGAAGCGGGUGGUGGUCAUAGUCUCCUCAGUUUUCUUCUUCCAAACCCCUGUGUCACCCAUUAACUCCCUUGGAACUGCCGUGGCUCUUGCUGGAGUCUUCUUGUAUUCUAGAGCAAAGCGGAUAAAGCCAAAGCCGAAGGCUGCUUGAUUUAUUCUGCAAAGAGACGGAAAAUGAUAGCAACUUGAUGUUAAAUAUUUUAACAUGAAACAUUAAAUAUAAAGAUCUUCGAUUUUCUA